AUGACUGACAUCCAAUACUACACCACGUUCUUUAUCAUCUCCUUCAUCUCAACACUUGUAAUUCGAUCCUUUUCAAAGAAAACCAAUCGCCCUCGUUUCCACCUCCCGCCUGGCCCGCGCCCGCUGCCCAUCAUCGGUCACCUCCAACUCAUAACUUUUCCUUUGGACCAGUUUUUCCAGAAGCUAUCAACCAAAUAUGGCCCCAUUAUUUACCUCCAAUUUGGUGCUUCAAAGCAGAUUAUCAUAUCAUCUGCUUCUUUGGCAACAGAAAUCUUCAAAACCCAAGAUCUUGCAUUCGCUUCUCGGCCGCCUUUUGCUGUUGAAAAUAGGUUAACUUUUGUUGCCUCUAGUUUUCUCAAUUCUGAGUAUGGAGAUUACUGGAAGUUCAUGAAGAAGCUUUGCAUAACUAAGUUGCUUAGUCCCCAAGCAUUAGAGGCCUCAAGUGGGGUUCGCAGACAAGAAUUACGCAGUUUCUUGCGAAAGAUUGUGGAGAGUGCAUCUCUUCUAAAGCCCGUCGACGUUGGACUUGAGCUCUCAAAGCUAACAAAUAACAUAAUCUGUACGAUGGCAAUGAACACUAAUUGUUCGAGCAACGAUGAUGAAGCUGAAAAGUGUAGAAAAUUAGUGCAGGAGACGUUUGAACAUGCUCUCAAGUUGAGUAUUGGAGAUGUUUUGGGGCCAUUCAAAUGGUUAGGCUUCUGGAUUUAUGGGAAGCAGGCCGUGGAUGUGGAAAGAAGGUUUGAUGGCAUGCUAGAGAAUAUAUUGAAGCAGCAUGAAGAAAAAAGAGAAGAAAACAGCAAAACUAGCCAAUAUAAAGAUCUGAUAGAUGUUCUUUUGGAGAUGCAUUAUGAUAACCAAGCUGAGUUUAAACUGACUAGAACUCAAAUCAAGUCUUUCCUCCUGGACAUAUUUGUGGCAGGCACUGAUACUUCUGCGAAUACAAUGCAAUGGACUUUAGCUGAGCUCAUAAACCAUCCUAAAGUUUUCAAGAAAGUUAGAGAAGAGAUAGAUUCACUUGUUGGCAACUCAAGACUUGUUGAGGAAUCAGACGUCUCAAGUCUACCCUAUCUCCAAGCUGUAAUGAAGGAAAUACUCCGAUUACAUCCUCUGGGUUCUCUCAUACCAAGAAAAUGCCGCGAACAUUGCAAGAUUGAUGUCUUUGAUAUACCUAAGAACACAACCAUACUGAUCAAUACAUAUGCAGCCAUGAGGGAUCCUAACCUUUGGGAUGAUCCUAACGAAUUUAAGCCCGAAAGAUUCUUGAUUUCCAAGGAUACACAGAAAACCUUAGCUCGGCAAGAUCAAAUGGAAGGACAAUUUCUGGAUCUCUUAACUUUUGGAGGUGGGAGGAGAAGGUGUCCAGGAAUGAUGCUGGCUUUCCACACAAUGAGCCCUACAGUUGCUGCCAUGGUUCAGUGCUUCGACUGGAUGCCGAUUGAAGAGGGAAGGGAAGCUGAUGCAGUGAAUAUGGAAGUCAGAAAAGGGUUUAUUCAUGUUAUGGAACAAUCACUUGUAUGCACUCCUCGAGUUCGUCUCAAUCCACUUGACUGCAUAGCUUGAUCUUGGAAAAAUAAUGCAUUACCAAACUUGGUGCAGGAUUACACUUUUGUUGGAUAGUUGCGUUUUGCCAACAAAAAUUUACAAGAAGUUUAGCACAAUGAUAUGUGUAAGCAGCAUAUU